CUGGGCUGCAACCCGGAAGUGCUUCUAUUGGUCUCCAGGCGAGGGAAGAUGCUGCUGACAACAGUGAACUUUGCCAAGAGCAAGUCAAAGUCCAUUCUUGUGAGGAUGGUGAGUGCAGCUGGAAGUGGCUAUUGCUUCAAUGUAAAGAGGAGCCGACUACGGGAAAAAAUAAUCCUGAGAAAACACGAUCCUAUAGUGAACAAGCAUGUCCUUUUCUUUGAAAAGAAGAAAAUCAGGUCAAUCUGAUAUAGGGUGCUUAAAUGGACUGGCUUUGUAGAAGGAUAGUUUAGAAACUGAACAAGAUUUCCUGGAAUUAGAAUAUCAUCUGUGGCUUUGGGAUGACGCAAAAGAUGAUGGUGAUAUUUCCAAAGGAGACGAUAACAUGAGAAGUGUUCCUUUUGCACUUUUAUUUACAAUUUGUUAUUUGAAAAAAAAUCAAUAAAAUUAACUAUGAAUAUUA